CAGGCGAUUGUUUGCAGAGCCUGAGCAGACCUGAGGUUAAAGCGGUCCAACAUGUCCGCCUCUUGGCUCGCCGUCUGCCUUCUGGGAGGUUUUCUCCUUCAGGUGUUCAGCCAUGAGAACGUAAAUCCAGGGCUCUGUGAGAAUGAAAACGGUGGCUGCGAACAUUUCUGCCAUGUUGUGGAAGGGAACGUCGAGUGUGGCUGUGCUGAUGGGUACUUCCUGGCACCGGACAACCAGUCCUGCAGCUCUAACGAGACUUUUAGAUGUGGCGCCAUUAUCUCCGGCAGAGUCCAAACUCAGAACGGAACCGUAGAGGGGAACUCCAGAGAGGAUCAGCUGGUCCUCCAGAGCAAUGCAAGCAGGCUGGAUGAGACCAUCAGGGGAGAGGACUGUCCACCGGGACAAUGUCCAUGGCAGGCUCUGCUGGUGAACCAGAACGGCGUGGGCUUCUGUGGGGGAACCAUCCUGAGCGAGUACAUCAUCCUGACCGCCGCUCAAUGCCUGACCCAAGCCCGGUACCUCACCGUCAGCCUCGGUGUCUACAACUCGUCUCACAGUGGAGGUGACCAAGCUUCCCAUGUGGUGGACGUCUCGGUCAGUCACCAUGGUUACAGCCCACAGACGCUCUUCAACGACCUGGCUCUGAUAAAGCUGGCCACGCCCAUCAGGUUCUCCAGGUACAUCCUGCCGGCCUGCAUACCGGAGCCGGACUUCAUGGAGAAGGUUCUGAUGCGGCAGCAGGCGGGGCUGGUCAGCGGUUUUGGACAUCUGGGUGAGGGUCAGCCGUCCGCCAUCCUACGGCGCCUCUCCGUCCCCUACGUGGAUCCAGAUGCCUGCAUGCAGUCCACCCAGCUGCCCGUCUCUUUGCGGAUGUUCUGCGCAGGCUACGACCGGAUGGAGGAUUCCUUUCAGGGCGACGCCGGCGGGCCGCACGUCACCCAUUACCAUGACACCUUCUUCAUCACCGGCAUCAGGAGCUGGGGCAAAGGUCACGCACGAAAGGGGAAAUACGGCGUCUACACUAAAGUAUCUAAAUACAUCAAGUGGAUCAGAGAGGGGAUCAAGAAGCUGACGCCUGUGAGCCCAGUAUAAACACCCAGUAAACCCAGUAAUCAGGGAUUUAAGCUCAGAGAAGCUGGAACGAACCAUCCUGAUGGCGUCCCUCAGGUCCGACUGUUUGGGCCCCUGAUCAUCCAGGUUUGGUUCGGUCUGACAUCAAUCAUCAAAGGAAAAAAUCUACUGACUAGCAUUAAAUUUAGCUACAGAACUGAUCC